UGUAUAAAAUCGUGUUCUACGAGAUUUUUUCUCAUAUAACAGAGACAACAUGUUUAGGGAAUAACAUGCGUUUUACAAGAAUCGUGUUACAUGAAAAAGGUUAUCCUAAUAUUUUUAACGCGUUGUAGGAAUUUGCAUUGUAGAUACUCGCAAUUAUUCUUAAGUAAGAUCGGCAACUUUUUGUAGCAAAAAGCCAUUUUUAAAAUAUAUUCUGUUUAAAAAGAGUUUAGGGAGCUGCACAUAGCGAUACGACCGAACGGGACAUAUUUUUCAUAGUUCCACAAUUAAUGAGCUGGAUGGGAUCAAAAGUUCGCGAAGAAGAUAAAAUAAAUAAAUGAAAUAUAGACAAACAAUUAACUCUACAGGAAUAGUUGAUAGCUUAAUGAUGUAUAGAUAAAGAUAGAAAACGACUAACCGGAAACAUUCAUAAAGUAGUUCUUAAGAAGGACGUUAUAAUAUUUGAAUUAAACAUAACGACUAUCUGGAAGCAUUCAUAAAAUCGUUUUUUAACGAUCUUAAGAAGGACGUUAAAAUAUUUGAAUUUAGAAACUCAAAGAAUUCAAUAAAAGGUAUCAAAUUUAGAAAACGUGUCUUCAGUAGAAGUUCCUUAAUUUCCCAUGAAUAAUAAUAUUCGCAUUAAAUCUUGUAAAUUAAUAUAAAACAGAAAAGUGAUCGGUGAGUUGCCUAAGUUUCAAUGUUUUUAAAAUUAUUCGGCAAAUUCAGAAAGUGAAUCAUAACCUAUAGAAACCGCCAAACCAUACAUGAAAUUAUAGAAGAUAUAAUUGGGUUAUAUCACUGUUAUCGUUUAUUUUUGUUACUUAUACAAAGUACAUGACUAUCUUAUAAGUGUUUAUUGUGCCUAUUGUUUUAAUGUAAAUAGUUAAGUUCAUGUGUAGGAACUCCAAAAUACAGUUAACAUGGAUACAAUACCGUACUGGAAAAAUAUCUACAAGACUGUAAUAAAGAGUAGCAAAGCUUUGACUGAUAAGAAUAUCUUGGAGGUGCUGACCACAGUCAAAAGUGAAUUGAAGUUGGGUAUUUGCCAAUUUAAACCAUAUACUACGAGUAGCUAUAAUGAGUGGAAGAAGAAGGUCUCCAAAGAAAAUAGACAACUAGAAAUUUUGAUACAAAAAAUUUCUAAGUCAUUGAAUCUGGAUUGUACAAUUGCUUACAGCCUGUUUUGUAAUUAUGUUAUGUUUGAAUAUUAUGGGAAAGUUGAAGAUAUCAUAGAGGUCUCAAAUUUUGAGCAAUACACAAAUCAUUUAGUUGUGAAGUUAUGGCAUUUCUAUACGUCUGAGCGUAUGUUUCUUUUGAAAACAGUGAGACAUAUUUUUGAAAAUAAAGAUGUUGAGCCCAUGAAGACAUUUUUGAGUAAAUUGAAUAUAACAGAAUGUAGGGAUAAUCUGGUGGAACAAAUGAAAUUUUCUAUAGAUGAAAUAAACUAUAAGAACUCUGGUAACUGUGUAGAUAUAAAAAAUUGGGUUGCAAGAAAUAAUGUUGAACAGUUGGAACUGGUCAUUACUUUAAUUUUAUUUAAUGACUUCAAAAAACCAACACCAAAAGAUGCAUUAAAUAUGAUGGUAGUGUUUCAAGAACAUGGAUUUGCAUAUAAACCACCAGACUUUUUCGAGGCAAUUUCUUUGUCAGAUCCAAGCAGUAUUAAAUCGGUGACUCACAUGGAGUAUACAGCAUUACUCCUAGCAUUACAAUAUUUGUGGAAUAGUCCUAAUUUUGACGUCGAUAUGACUGAGGUUGAAAAUGUACUAAGUAAUAUUGUCAGUAUUCCUGAACAUAGUGUAGUAUUGCUUUCAUGGUGUGUAAUGAUAAUGUCAAUACCAUCACUGUUGGCUGUACAAAAGUAUAAAACGUUCAUUCAGGUACAUUUAAAAGAUUGCUUCAAUGACUGUGUAUUUGAAACAUUACUAGAAAUAUUAGAAAAGCCUUUCUUACAAGGUAAUAUUCUUGGAAAAAUUAUCAGAGAAGGAGUAUAUGGUUUUGUGAAUCAACUUUGUUCGAAGAGUACUGAUCAUUUUAUGAUUUAUCAGAAGAAAGGAUCAGUAGAUGUUUUGUGCAAGUUGAUUGAGGAUGAAACUAUUGCAUCAAAAGUAUUUGAUACCAAUUAUUCAGUACACUUGCUUAUUUCUACAGCUUUUAAUAUGUAUCCAUAUGAUUUUAAAUCAUUCACAGGUUUGUGCAGUACUUUAUACAAACACAAGCAUUAUGAAGAUCAGGUCAUUAGGCUCCUUUUGAACAUUGAAGUAUACACAAAUGAAAAUGCGUUACCAUUACCUACCUUCAAAGACGUUAGAAUCCUAAAAGAAACCACACCGUUGCAUAACUUCACUAUUCCAAAAUCUUCCAUAGUGGGCACUUUGCAAUUAUCCCCUACUGUUUGGUUGGCGCAAUGCCGAGGAGAUUUUAGGUAUACGUAUUUUCAUUACUUAGAACAAUAUGCUUUAGCCACGGUCGAUUACUGCGAAAAUACUACCGAUUCUGAUGGGAAAUUAAUCCCAGCAGUAGAUCGACUGAUCGAAGGAUUAAGUUUCAUUGCAGAAGUUGUAAAACAUCCACAACUAUGGAAAAACGUAUUAUUCUGUCAACUAAUAAACCACGUCAAAUUCCUGAUGACGAAAGGUGGUAUCCAUAAAUAUCCGAAUGCAGGAUUGAUAAACAGUUGUCUGAAAAUUUGCAUUGAAAUGUUGUCCAUUCCUGAAGCGAAUCCAUCGAUAUUACAUAUACUGACAGCUUUCCAUUGUUUACAUGCUAUACCAAAGGAGUUAUUAAGCAUCGAGCAGUUGCAGAAACUGAAUGUUAUAGACGACUCUAACCUUUUACAAUUGGCUGUUCUCGCUCGUUACUCUGCCAAGUACGACCUCAUACGCACUUACCUCAAAUUACUCAACCACACGAUGAAGGAAAACAAUCCGGAAAAGUUCCAGCUGCGCGGCAUCAUAUUCUUUAUGAGAGAAAUAUUCCCGCAACACCUGAAUUGGAACUAUGAGGAUUCAUUUGAGAAACAUAUUAUUACAAGAGAUAUCCUUAUGCACAUUUUCAAUAUCUUACAAUUUUACAAUUCGGUAGAAGAACCAAAAGAGAUUAUGUUAACAUACAACUUUUGCGUGGAGACGUUCUUUAAUUAUGAACCUUUCAUCAAAGCGUUUAUCGCUAUCUUCAGAUCACCGAACCAUUAUUUGGAUCAUCUGAUGUGCAUGGAAACCGAUUGGAAAGAUGGAAAGAGUACCGAAAUCAUACGCAAUGUUCGUAGAUGUAUAAGUAUCAUACUGUUGUUGUUUAAACAACACGGCUUCGCCACCAUAAAAACAACAAAGUUUUGGGCAUAUUUUAUCCAUUCUGGAGCCCAGUCCGCGAAUUGCAUAAAGGUCAUCGUAGAUUAUAUCAUCCACAAAUAUGAUACUAUACUUCCAAAAUUAGCGUGCCGCCUGUUAAAAACAAUUGCUAUUGAUUCGACGAUACCUAUACUGUCUUCUUUAGAAAUAGACAAUCACCAAGUUCAAUGCAUGUUUUUAGAACGUCUGCGUGAUCGUUUGGAAGAUGAUGAUAUGAAAGUGGCACUUCUUGAUAUGAUUACCACAUGUACGAAGAGUCAAAAUGGAAUGACGGUGGCUUUCUUUAAUCUCUCAUCGCGUCGUAAAUCUUACUGCUCCAAACCUAUAGCACAAUCUGGAGAAAGUGUUUCACAUUACUUAGGUGAUUAUCUUAAAAAUAUUAAGAUAUCCCCGGAAUAUUUAAAAAGUCCCAUCCAGGCCGCUAUGUUGAAAUUGUUUCACGCAUUAUGGGUUGAAAAGAAAACAUUACUCAUUAAAGAUUUGAUAGCAAAAGAUACUUUCUGGGAAAUAAUAUUGGCACCUUUGAUGCAGGAUUAUAACUUGGCUAAUGAAACGUAUAGCAUGAUUCUUGAUAUAUUAGCUAUUGAGUUAUCAAAGACUGAGAUUGAUCCUAAGCUGGAGGUAUUCCUGAAAGGCGUUUUCGCAAAUGAAAAAGGAUUCUUACAAAAUUUCCCUAAAUAUCUUAUGCAGUGUUUGAAAAAUGAUUGUCGUAAUCCCGAUAACGUGAAUCUUCUUUUAAGUUGGAAAAAAUUCAUCAUUUUUUUGGUCAGAGGACAUGACGAUAUACUGGAUAACAAACCAAAACAAAUUAUAGCAGAUAACACGCUUAAAGGAUUCAUCAAUUAUAUCGAUAACCCAGAGGAAAUAAAAUAUGUUAAAGAAUGGGCGGAUCUAUACUUAUAUUUGUUAACAAAAUGGGGUGAUAAAACUCCAACAGAUGAUGAGUGUUUCAAAUUAAAAUGUAUAUUGUUUUCUCACAUCAGCAACAUAUACGAUUACCUGAAUAAGAAGGCGAGAGAAUCGGUGGUUUCGAUAGCGUUGAGAACAGUAGACCUGCACGCAAAAGCUUUUGAAGAAACUUCGACAGACGUACUAAACUUUAUGAAAUCUGUGGGAACAAUAAUCGAGAAAGAAUAUGAUACGUUCAUGAAAAAUCGUAAGAAAUCUCAGGUGUUGUACAUCGAUUACAUUUCUUGGACAAUUUUAAUCAGUUUAUGUAACAGAGUGGUACAAAAAGAAUGUUUCCAGACUUGGUUCUUCUAUACGCAAAUAUUUAACAAAGUCUUCAACACCUUGGGAUUUCUGAUGUCCAAUAUUGAGACAAUGCCUUUAGUCAAAACACUGACUAUAUUUCUCACGAAAUGCGUAAAGAGUCCAUUGUCAUACGAAUUUCUCUACGUAAACUUCCAGACAUUCUUUGACUCUAUAAAAUUGCCGCAGCAAUUUUAUAACUUCUCAUUGGAAACUUUAAAAGAAGGAAACCCCUUGCAUCUCGAAGAGUUUUGGAUCACGUUUACUAGCCUAAUCAACAUGAAUCUGUCGUUGAUCGAUAAAUUCGGCUUCUUCAUGUUUUAUCCAAUAUUGGAAUUCAUGAAUAUGCACUAUACAGAAAUUGUGACCAUUAUAAAACUACCUCAAUAUACGGUCAACAAUUGCGCUCUUAAACUUGUUUCAAAUACUUUGAAACUCUGCAAUUCUUUGUUUAAAUGGAAACGGAAGUGGAGAAUGUUUAACGAACCCCUCUUAACAGCAUUUUAUAAAAUAAUCGCAGAGUGCCUUAACAGUUGCAUUAACAUUGUACUAAGUCCUAAGGUACUGAAAUUUUAUAAAAUUGCUGAUAACCAGAAGCUGCACACAGUUGAGAAAAUUCCAGUUGAAUUCCUUGUAUCGACAAUGGACAGGGUGGUCGAAAUAAUUUCUUCAUCGUGCUUGUGUUUGAUCAGUCUAUCGCCACGGAUGGUAGAUUUACUUGCAGAAAGUAAGACGCAUGAAAAUUACUUCGACGGAUUUGAUUACGAAUUUCACAUACCAAAUCCAAAUAAUCCGCACGAUAUUUCCUAUAAGUUGACCUUCGGCGGAGUUCUUUGCUUGGUUCAUUACCUAUGCAAAACUAUAAUUCAGAGGCGGAUUUACGUCAGAAAUUACAAUGAAAUAACACGGAUAUGUUUUUCGAGGUUAAUCUCUGAGAAAGGUAGUAAAAUUUGUAAAAGGGCAAACAUACUAAAAGUUUAUAUUUCUUUCUAGAUAAUCAAAGGAAAAACAACUCAAGGUUCUAUAUCAACAACUACUCUACUGGAAAUAUCGGAUCCAAAUAAAGCAUCA